UAAAUAGACAUGUUCCCGCGGUGUUUCGUGCACCUUCGCACAUGGAGAAGCAGAACGUCAAGUUUGGGAUCUAAAUAUUCAGCAUGGAAUAUCAAGGGAUAAUCUACUUGAAUAUUUUGGGCAAAACAGAAAAUCCAGAACCACCAUCAAUGGCACAUUCCACUGCUCACUGUGCAGUGAAAACUUUGCUGAUGGUCAACUCUUCUCCACACACUGUGACAGUUUAGGCCAUCGUCGUUCUGUCACGACUGACAACUCAAAUUGGAAAUAUGAUCCACCCAUCAGUUAUUCCGAUAUGCGCCUAUGCACAAAUUACAAAUGCCGUGACAAUACUUGUAACCUUGCCCACAAAGAAGAGGAACUUAGAGAAUGGGAGCAGCGAGCAAAAGUAAAACAACUUAAACUUGAGUGGGCAAAGGGACACGGGCUUAUGUCAUUUGUACAUCAGAUAAAUGAGGAGUAUAACAACUCAUAUACAUCGGCAAGUGUGAUGAAGGAAAACCUAAAUGAAGUUUCAUGGAAGCUGAGCAUGAAACCAACUGAACAAAAAUGCCGAAUGAAAGACGUUGUAACAUGGACUUUAACCAUCUCCUCAGUAGACGCCCAGGUUGAGAAACUGAACCAUGUAGCUUUCAUGAGGUUAGUGGACUCGUUAGAGGUCACAGCGGGAUUCAAUGUUCGUGCUGUGAGAGGAAAACAGAUGACUGAUUAUGUCAAACACAUUAAUUAUGAAACUUCGAACAAAUAUGAGAAAUUCAACCUCAAUAAUGGAAGAGCAAAAUUCAAGGUACAAUUCAAGCCAUCGACCUAUGGGCUAUUCUCAGACCGGCUGAUCAUUGAGUUACGUGGCUCAAAACGACCGGUUCUUUUCAUCAGCUUCGAUGUUCAAGUGGUUCCAGACAAUGAUAUUGACAUCGGCAAAACACUCAAAUCUGACACAACUUGCUACACUGCUGAAACCAGUAGUUGGGAGCUAAACAGAGAAAUUGUCCAUCUUGAAAAUCAUAAUCUGUCAGACUUGGAAAAAGAAAUUGCUCGCAAAUAUAAACGACCAGACGGUGCUAUAGAUAAGAUUGACUUGGAGAAAGACUUGACAACUUCACUUGCUGUUGCCAAUUAUAAGCAAGAGAUGCAUUCAUUCCUAUACCGAGAAGAAAAAGCAAGAGAGAAUGUACUUUCAAAGUUUAACAUGAAAUGCAGUGUUGCAACAUCUGACAACUACAUGUCACAAGUAAGAGGGUUGGUAAAUAGUCGACCCAACGAACUGUUUGGAAUAUUUGAGAUGCCUGUCUCAUUAAACAGGGACACAAACGAAGGUUUCUUGAUGCUGGAACAUUGUGAAAAGGUAAGAGUUGCCCUUACUGGAAGGCAAUCAAACCAGUUGAUAUUUGAGUUGAAACUGGAGGAGACGUUCUUGGAUCAUGCAAUACUAUUGCUCAACAACAAAUGUGUUGAAGAAUGGCAAUUGGAGUCAGGCAUCAUAUUGGACGUAGAGAUGCAGUUCCAACUGAGCAGAGACAGAUUCUGCAAAUGUCACCAAGCAGUUGACCUACUUGAGAAACACCAACUUGAAUUAAUUUGCCCGAUGCAGUUUCAUAACUUUCGACGACCAACUGUUAAUGAUUACAAGGAUUUGGAUUCGGACCAGAUAAAAGUGCUCAAUGGAGUAAUUGAAACACCUAAUCCAAAUACUGUUUUUCCUCUGAUGGUGGUCAUUGGACCUUUUGGGACCGGGAAAACUUUCACAAUGACCAAAUCUAUACAAUAUAUUCUUGAGAAUGUAAAAGAUGCCAGAAUCCUGAUUUGCACUCAUUCUAACAGUGCUGCAGAUCUUUACAUUGAAAACAAUAUUGGUGAAAAAGAAUGGGAAGGGAAUGUACUUCGAGUGUUGUACCACGGGAGAUCUCCACAAACUGUACCCGAGUAUGUUCGUAAGUGUUGCUUGUAUGAUAAAGGACAAUUUUGUUACCCCACCACACAACAAGUUCUUUCAAAGAAGAUAGUAGUAGCAACUUUUUCUACGGCCAUCUAUCUUGGGCGAAAGGGCACAGGUCUCGAAGGUGUCUUCACGCACGUUUUUCUUGAUGAAGCUAGCCAGGUUAUGGAAGCUGAAGUGAUUAUUCCGUUAACUUUGGUGCUAAACAACAAAACCAAGGUUGUGAUUGCUGGUGACCAUAAACAAAUAUGUGAAAAGGUAUACAGCAAGAAAGGAGGCGCAGACGCUCGUUUUACAUUGCUUGACCGUCUUUAUAAAAAGUACAAGGAAUUAUCGGAAAAGCAACCAACUCCGCUGCAGGGUUUUGUUUACUUGCGGAAUAACUACAGAUGUGUUGAACCAAUACUUGAGUUAAUAUCAAGCACAUUCUAUAAAGAACAUGUAUUGAACUGCUGUUCCCGGAAAACCACCCCUCGCGACUUGGCACCAAUUCAGUUUCAUCAUAUUGCAGGAACCUGUGUUCAACACGAAAGCACCAGUGGUUAUUAUAACGAAGCAGAAGCAGUUAAAACAGUGGAUAUUGCUUUGGAACUUGUUAAUAAGUAUCACAUUAACCCAAAGGACAUCAUUGUAUUAGCAGCUUAUAUGGAACAGAUUACAAUAAUACGAAGUCUAAUGAGAAAGGCGAGUUUGAGAGACGUAAAAGUGGACAGAAUUCGAUCAAUACAAGGACGAGAAUACAGGGUUGUCCUGUUAAGUUCAGUUCAUCGUCGCUUGUCAAAAAAAGACAAAGAGGGAUCCAGUUUUGGUUUGUUUUCGGAUGUUAACUUGCUUAACACGGCAAUAACAAGAUGUGAGAUCUCCAUUAUAUUUGUGGGAGAUGCUGUGUCUCUCUGCUCUAUGGGGAAUUGCCGACCAAAAUGGAGGAAUAUUGUUAAGAUGUCUGGAAUCCUUGAUUGUAUCUUUCCACGCACAGUAACUUGGGAAUGGGUUGAACAACAAGUUGCUUUAAUGUCAUCACUGAAUCCUCAUGCGAUGCAAUUUGUUCCAAAACAAACAAGUGGCCCAGUCUCAACUAUUCAGAGUUCUAACCUCAUAAGUAAAGACGAAGUAGAAGAACCUUUGGAUCAGUCAACUGAAGACUCAGAUUCUGAGGAAUUAGACGAACAGGAUGAGAUGUUGGAUGAUAUGUUGGAAGAACACACGGGAUAUAACCCACAGGAUAUGGUGAUUGAUGUAAAUCGUGAAGGGAUUGAAACUAUAAGGCAAAUACCUGAAUCUGAACCCCAUUCAUAUGAAGAUGAUGAGCCAUUAAUGCACAGUGAUAGAAGACGCGAGAUUCUCCACCCUCAACUUACUGUUCAGCAUUUGCAGAAUUUGAAACAUGAUGAACCAGAUUUAUACAAGAGAUGUGAGAUUCGGUUUAUAACAUGGUACCAUGCAGAGGCAACUGUAAUGGAUAGUUCAGAUUUGGUUCGCAAGAUUCAAAUCAUGACAAAAAGGAGACGUGGUCAAGCAUUUAACAGAGAUGAGGUGCUGGUGAAAUUGCAUGAGAAGAGAGAGCCAGACCAAAUUGAAUACUUUGGCACAGUUGUUGGAAUAUUAAAACGAUUCAGAGAGCUGGAUACACUCUGUUUUGUCUGCUUCCCAGAUAAAGACAAUUGUCAUAUCAUGGCUCCUCUCAGUAAUAAAGAAACAAAAUUUGCAAUUGUCAAGGAAAGAGGUCUUGACAAGUCUGAAAACCUGAUUCCCAUCUAUCCAACAUUGCGCAAAACGAAAAAUGGGAAAAUUGAUAGGAGUUUGAUGCGAUACGAAAGGUAUGAACCUGACUCAUCCACAACUCGCCACAGCAAGUUAUUCGUUGUUCAGUUUUACAAAUGGAACAAAUACAGCUACCACCCCCUCGGAUAUGUUAAAGAGGUCAUUUACUCCGGAGAUCAACAUAAACAUUACCAGAUUAUGUCAAACAUUCCAUCCCCUUACAGGGACAGUUUUAUCCAAAAAUCUGAAGACCUGUUAAAAGUGGAGCACAGAGAAAAGCGGCGAGACUUGACUGACUUAUAUGUGUUUACUAUUGAUCCUGACGGUUCUAAAGAUCUCGACGAUGCCAUGAGCAUUGAACCAUGCAAGAAACAUAACAACUGCUGGAAGGUUGGCGUACACAUUGCAGAUGUGGCAACUAUUUUGCCACAAAAUCACGACCUAGAUAAUGAAGCUAUGAAGAGAGGAGUCACAUUUUACGCCGGAGAAAACCGCCAGCACAUGCGUAGAAUGCUGCCACCAAACUUCAGUGAGAAGCAUUGCAGUUUGUUACCGGAUGGUGAGCCACGUUUGACCAUCUCCAUGUUCUUCCAUUCAUCCAAACCACCAAACCCAACUCUGCCUGAUGCUACAACAAACCAAGAUGCACACAUUCCAGUUCCAGUUUUAACAAGGAUCAAAUCAAACAAGCAACUCACGUAUUUAGAAGCAGAAACUUUACUUCGUGAAGCUCGGCAGCGAGAAGACAACAGUUUUACAGCACCAAACGAAAACAACAUUUCCCAGCAAUUAUAUCACAUCUGGCAAUUCAUGAUUAUCUUGCGAAAGCAGAGGCUCCAAGCAAGUAUAUUUUUUCAGCAGCCGGAUACACAGAAACUCACUGAAUUCUUUAACGAAGCAUCAGCUCAUAUGCUCAUUGAAGAAGCCAUGAUUACUUACAAUGCAUGUUGUGCUGUUUUCCUUAAAAAUAAGGGAACUUAUUUGCUUCGUUCUCAAGAAAUUCCAGAUGAGCAGGAAUGGGCGGAGUGGAUCAGGAAACAGAAGAAUAUCAUUCAACUAUCACUACAUCUUGAAUCCACUGUGGAGUAUAUGGCGACACAAAAAGAAAGCAAUGAAGUGGUGCCGUGGCUGGGAAGUCAGGCUGGUCAGAUUCCUGUUUUGAAAAAUGUGGCACAUCAUAUACUUGAAGCAUUAAACAGAAAUGACAUUGAAACAGCUAUGCUGCUUUGCUCUGAUACUAUCCAGCCAGCUUUGGCUCCAGGAUAUUCUGGCUUGUGCAGCAUUUGGAGGCGAGCUGAAAUUAAAGUGUCAGACAACGUGUGUGAAGCAAACCCUGCAACACAUUUUUCCCUACGCCUUCCACUAUACUCACAAUGCACUUCUCCAAUCCGCAGAUAUGCUGAUAUUAUCUCACAGCGACUUAUUUUAUCAAUUUGCAAAACCCAAUCUCUUAAAAGGGAUCAUCCGAAAGAUGUAGUCACUUUACAACACAAUGAAACACGCAAAUUUGAAAAGGUAUGUGGGCUGCUCAGUGCAAGAAGUGAAGAUGCCAAGGAAUAUGAGAAAGGAAUGCAAACUUUAGAGCUUGCCAACAAACUGCAAAAGAAUCCAAAGUCUUUUACAGCCAUAGUGGUGGAGUUAACUGAUCGUGGCAUUCAGUUUUCUUUUCCUGACUUGAAGAUCCAUCCAAAGGCUACUGCACUCUCAUACUCUGAUAUCCAAGUGAAUGAAAAAACUCCUCAUUUGGAUAAUUCACAGAAAGAUAGAGAUGAGUUUGGUGGUGAAACAACCAUUUUAAAAGUUGAACUAAAAUGGCUUAUUAACUACUAUAAGAAGAAUGGAAAUGAUGACAGCGCUCUACCCGGAGUAACAAAGUUGGUUUCACGUCGGCACUGGCAAGAAAUGAAUCAUGAAAUUCGACAAGAAAUUAAUAGACCCAACUCAUUUGUUGAUCCGGAGAGCAGGGAUAAAAUAAGCUCUGCUAUUCGUAGAGUUUUUGGGAAUCUGCAAGGUGCUAAGGUUUGCCAAAGAAAAACCUUUGGAGUUGGGCCGUGCACAUCAGAUUUAUGUGAAGGAAAAUGUUCUGACCACAUGACACAUGCAAGCAAACUCGGCAUCAAGCAUAGACGUAGAAUUACUGCCACUGUUAAGCCAGGAUCAACCUUCCAUGUACAGUUGAUGUCUGUUAUCAAAAGAUACCUUCUCACCCCCACUAUCAAGCUCUUUCCUGUUGCACCUGAUCUUUCAAUCUGCGUUUACCAUCGAAGAAAUCCAGUUGAAGCUUUUGCACCAAAUGUGAAGGCCAUUAAAGGUACAAAAAUUACUACUUUGGAAGAAUACGAGGAACAAUGGUUGCCACUUGUUCAAAUGGAUGGUGCUUACUGUGCAGUUGCAGAUGACGACUCAGUUGUGAUAAGUGGGGUGGAUAUUAAGUGCUUUCAAACUACUGGAGGAAAGAUAAAAGGAAAGUGCCAAAUAGAAACAAGCUUUUGUGGGCCAAGGCAAAUUCGCAUAAUCCAAAAUGAUUUCUUGUGUUUGAAGUUUUUAAAGCAAGACAAACAAUCCAUCGAAUCAUGUGUGGAACAUGCUAUUGUUACAAGCCAUAAAGAUAAUGAAUUAAGUUUUGAAUUGAUAAAUCCAUGUUUCCAAGAACUGAGGGAAAGCAUUCCCAAAGUAGACAUAGAGAUCUUGCAACUUGGUGUAACACAUAGGAGAAUGGCCAACACAUUGUGUAAAUUGUUGAACUUUAAGCCCAAAAGUAUCUUGAAGUUUCUCUGUUGUAAUAGUGGUAAUACAAAUACUAUUCCACUUAACCGGAGCAUUGAAAACCUUGAGGAAAAGAUUCAAAAACUUAAAGAAAAAAUUCAUAACGAUUGUCUGCAUGGCUUUGAACACAUGUUAAACGCGGGGCAAGCAAAACAAGUCGAAAAAGCUUUGAUGAGAAAAGUAACUUUGAUCCAAGGACCACCUGGAACUGGAAAGUCAUAUAUGGGAGCGCAAUUGGCUUGCUACUUUCAUGAAUUUAACAGAUUGCUGGGAAAAAAAGACAACAAGAUAUUGUAUUGUGGUCCUACAAACAAAGCUGUCAAUGUUGUUGCAGGUUACUUAAAAAAUGCUGGUCUCAGAGUGUUAAGGGUUUUUGGAACAAAUGCCGAGGAAGAGGACUUCCCUAAUCCUCUUAAACCAGUUUCUCAAAAACUUGCUGAACCUAAAAGUGAGCAACUUAAACAAAUGUCACUGCAUUUUAGAAUUAGGGAUGUUAGAAGCAAUCCAUAUGCUGAAGAAAUUUUGAAGUAUGAUAAAAUGUUCCUCCACUUUUUUGAAUAUAAAGACUUCCAGAAUUUUGUUCAAGUUAUUUCCAAAGCAAAACUUUGGGAAUUCAAGCAGAGUGAAGUUAUUGUGAGCACAUGUAUAUCUGCAACUCAAAUCUCAGAUGCAAGGAUAAACAUCUCAAAAGAGUCAGGAAAAUCCUUACCUUUUAAAGUUGCCCAAUGCAUUGUGGAUGAAACUGGCAUGUGCAGUGAACCAGAAACAUUGACGCCAAUUGUUGCCUCCCAAGCUGAACAGGUGGUUUUAAUUGGUGAUCACAAGCAAUUGCAACCGAUUGUUACAUGCAAAGAGGCAAGUGAGCUGGGAUUAAGCAAGUCCAUGUUUGAACGAUUAAAGAACUACCACAAAGCUGAUGUGGGAAUGCUAACCAAUCAAUACAGAAUGAAUCAAACAAUCUGUCAGUUUCCUUCCGAUCACUUUUAUGGUGGUCAAUUGACUGUGGAUCAAAGUGUGACGGAACGAGAGCUAAGAUAUCCCCCUCUGUUUUACCAUGGUAACCAAGAAAACACAGCUGUGUUUUGUCAUGUUGUAGGUGAAGAGUUGAGUGGUUAUAAAAUGGAGCACAGAGGUGAAUCAAAGACCAACAAAGAGGAAGCCUCAAGAGUGAUUUUAAUAUUGAGGAUGUUACACUACAAGCUCAAAAUACCUUUGUCCGAUAUUAUGAUUCUUUCACCUUACAAAGCACAGUGUAGCUUGAUCAAGGAUUUGAUUAAUAAAGCCAGAGCAGACCUCAACAAAGUUGAUGUUGGAACAGUAGUGACAAGCCAAGGUGGAGAAAGAGAUUAUGUAAUCUUGUCAACAGUUCGCUCUCUAAAAUCUCACAGCAUUGAGGAAAAUCCUGGACUGCAUUGGCUUCGAAUAAAUCUUGGUUUUGUUGCAGAUGCUCAUCAGAUUAAUGUUGCAAUCACACGCGCAAGGCGUGGUUUGUGCAUUGUUGGGAACAAAGACCUUCUUUGUAAAGAUCCUGAAACAUGGAGAGAUUUGCUUGAGAGCUAUGAGCAACGAAGAGCUGUUGUGACAGUUAAUGAUUUGUGUUAAAUACUUUUGACACAAUAGAAAUACCUGUUAUAUUUUUAGAUUUAAAAAAUAUUCAACUUUUUAUAGCACAAAAAGUUUUAUGCAUUUUUCUUUAACAAACUUUUAACUGUAAUUUUAAUGUAAUUUAUGCAUGCCUAUGGUGUAAAACAAAUUUGAAAUAAUUUAUGCAGAUAUGAAUUUUAACAGAUUAUAUGCAAACUUAUUGUGUCCUUUUUAUCUUUACAUUCCAUUUAUUUAAAAAUAUGGUGUGUUUGUUUGUAUUUCCUGAACUGCACUGCAGCAAAAUUGUUUUUACUUAAUAUUUUUGACUAAUUCCAACUGUAACUUUUUAGCAUUUAUAUAGCUACUGUUGUAAUUUUUUGUGUGCCCUUUAUUGAUAACCUAGAUAUAUUUACUCUGUAUAUAUUAUAGUUAAAAAAAGUUGUUUCAUUUUCUUUGAAUACAACAUAGAUUAUGUUAAAUAUACCUACAAAAAGCAUAUAAUAGUGAGACGUUUGGUUAAGAAAUAGAUCAGGAGAUCUCUUGCACAGACCUUAUUAAUCAUUGGAAUAUUUGAAUGUGUGUGAAGUGUAUUUUCGACACAGACAAUCACACAUACUACGUGUAAAAAAGACAUAUUUAAAAAUAAAUGGCAUUUAUAGAU